AUGUCCAACGCAAUCAAACCCUUCCCCCCUCUUCUACGUUUGGUGACAAAUAACACAGAGAUUAUGGAAGAGAAGCAGAACGAGCAGUCUCCAAUGGCAGACACCAAGCGCGAAGACGCCGAGCCAACGUUUGAGCAUGCAGAGGCGGUGACAUCCAAUGAGCUUCCGCUGUGGCAGGCGCUCAGGAAAUGGCGUCGCGUGACCAUAUACUGCAUUGGGCUGACCUCGGCCAUCCUCAUGUAUGGCUAUGACUAUGUCAUUGUCGGCACCACUUCUUCGAUGCCCAGCUUCCAGGAGGACUUUGGUGAGAAGUACAACGGGAAAUGGAUCCUGCCGUCUCUCUGGCUAGGCCUCUGGAACUUUGCGAGUCCCGGAGCGUCGAUGAUCGGUGCAGUCAUCGGCGGCUCCUUUCAGGACUGGGUGGGCCGCCGUUCGUCACUCGCUGUCGGGUCCUUUCUAUCGGCCAUUGGCGUCGCCAUUCUGUUCGUGUCAAACAAGUCCGACGACAUCCACGUCAGGCGCGUCAUAUUCUUGGUUGGCAAAGCAUUCCAAGGCGGCGCGAUCGGCAUAGUUAUGGCAACUACGCAAACCUACAUGUCUGAGGUCCUCCCUCCCGUGCUCCGAGGUUCCAUCCUUGCCUUCUUCUCGGUCUUCACUCUCUUGGGUCAGCUCAUCGGUGCGGGCGUAAUCUAUGCCUGCCUUGGUAUCAGCGACGGCUACACUAUCUGUUUUGCUACGCAGUGGCCCCUGUCCGUGGUUCCCUUUGUUGUCGCGCUCAUCAUACCUGAGAGUCCGACAUAUCUCAUCCGCAAAGGGCGACUUGUCGAAGCUCUCAAGGCCCAGCGCCGGCUAGAUUCUCCGGGCAUGGACAGCGAGAAGAAUGUCGAGUUGAUUCGGCGGAAUAUCGAAAGCGAACGGGAACGCACACGGGCGACUUAUCGGGACUGCUUCCAGGGAACAAACCUCCGAAGGACCCUGAUCGUGAUCUUUGCGAAUCUCUUACCCAACAUAUUUGGCCUGACACUGCUGGCGAAGGCGAGCUACUUUGCACAAGUGGUAGGCAUGCGAGCAAAUCUGAGUCUAAUGAUCCUUGUGAUCGGGAUCUUCUGUGGAUUCUUGGCCAACCUGGCCAGCAUAUGGAUCCUGUCCAGAGUCGGCCGUCGCCCUCUGAUUAUAGUUACGCUGUCCAUCCUGUCUCUAUUAUGGCUCUCUAUGGGCAUCUCGGGUUUCUGGUCUGGACAGCCUACUGUGUGGUACACUGCCAUAGUCUUGAUUUUCAUCAUCAUGGUGGCCGGUCUGGGCGUUUGGCCGUGCUCCUACGCGAUUAGCGGCGAAACAUCCUCGUUGGAACUCCGUGCCAAGACGCAAGGCAUUGGGUGGCUCGUUGCAGGCGCCGCUACCUCUCUCUUUGGAUUCGUGCUACCGUACAUCUUCAACACGGACCAGGGCAACCUCGGCGCCAAGACCGGUUUCGUUUACACGGGUCUGUGCACAAUCGGGCUUGUUGUCUCGUUCUUCUACAUACCGGAAAUGAAGGGCAGAGCAAUAUCGGAGAUUGAUCAGAUGUUCGAGGAACGGAUUGACGCAAGGCAGUUCAAGUCUUGGAGGUCGCCUACUACUUGA